UUAUGACGUCACUACAGCGUUCACGAAUAACAUGGCUGCUCAUGCUAGCGAGCUUGAGAUUGCGAAGAAAAACUUAACUGAUGCAAUUGGUGAUAACGUUAAGCAUUACUGGGCACACCUAAAACUAUGGUUCAAGCAGAAGAUCAGCAAGGAGGAGUUUGACAUUGAGGCUCGUCGUCUCUUGGCUCAGGAGAAUGUCCAUGUUCACAAUGAUUUCCUUUUGGCCAUUCUCACGCGCUGCCAGAUCAUUGUUUCCACACCAGGUGAUGGAGCAGGUCCACUACAGUGGCAAGGUAGUUCUGUUUUAAAGCCUGGCAAACCAAAAGGGAAGAAAAAAUGCUCUUCAAGACAGAAGUUUGAUCAUCGCUUCCAGCCUCAGAACCCUCUGAGUGGUGCCCAGUCAUUCAGCCCCCGGGAAGUCGGAGGUGAAGAGGAGGAAGUCCGUCUAAGUGCACAUACUCUGCUACUGCCCACAAGGGGCCAACUGGAGGCUCGCAUGAUGGUAACAGCAUUUGAAAUGGACUUGGAUAACAUCACAGAAGAUGCUGUCAGCACCAUGGUCUUUGCUGUUGAGCAUCACUUGAAAGAUAUCCUGACUGCUGUAAUCACACGGAGAAAGGCAUAUCGGUUACGGGACGGUCAUUUCCCCUAUGCCUUUGGCAGUGAUGUCACACCACAGCCUUAUCUGAAAAACAGCCUUGCAGCUUAUCACAGCAUUACUGAAUGCCCCCCUCCAAGUGCUUCUCUCCCUGCUGGCCCACCACCUCAAAUCUCACCUGAUGAUGCUGAGCAACAAGCUGUUCACUUACUGGCAUGUUCUGCUGACAGUCUACCUGCACCUCUACCACCAAUUGGCAUGUUUGAUCUCCUAGAAGCCUUACAGGUUCAUCAUGGGGUAAUGCCUUCUCACACUAUGUAUGCCCUAAACAUGGAGCGCAUUUUGUCACGACUUUGGCACCCCAGCCAUGAAGAACUUGAACAGGACCAUGUACACCGGCAGCGUCUCGCUGUGAAGGAGGGUGUGCUCGUCAGCUGAAAACCACUGACACAGGACUGCAUGUUCCUGGUAUAUAGAAUUGGGAACCAAACACAAAGAAUAAAAUGAAAAUGGAUGCAGAAGAGUGUCCAAAAUGAAAACCUCAUGAGGCUUGAGAUUACACCCAUGUGAAGGAUGAGUGGAGCAAGAUGAAACAGACCACCUUGAAAAGGGGACAUGGAGUGGCUUCAGCCAGGUGCAAUAGAUGAGUUGCAUAUAUUUUGAAAAGCGUUCAAGGAUGAGAAUCCCUGUGUGGGUUUACCGUAUGUAGAGCUUUUAAAGUCUGACAGCUGCAAUUCCCACCAUUUAAAAUGUGUCACUUUUGUUCCUAACAUUGUUUGCUGGAGUCUCAGAGGACUUGAAUAGCUAUAGUCUAUGUUUGUGUGCAGGAUCUAGUUCAGGUUGAAAAGUGUAUAAAUUUAUAUAUUUUUUUUCUACAUAAGUCUUGUUUGUAAUUUAUACUAGCAAUUCAGAAAAUAAAUAUUUUUUUUAAAUGCA